CUUAUUGCACUUUUCCUCACAAAAGCAAGUUACAAAUCUGUUCUACCAGAACAUGGAAUCUAUGCUGCUUCUUGGUUUUAUAGGAAUUCUGAGAGAAGCACUCAAAAUAUUCUGCAAGAAUGGCAGGAUCAUGGCCUCUAUUGCCCUCUUCACCUUCCUCGCCCAGUCUAUUCUUUAUUUGGCAAACUUCUUCUCCAUCAUGCCAUUGAUUUUUGACUUGCUCCUGCAGAGAAACCUCCUCCAUAUUGCUACUCCUGAUACCCCAGGAUUCACCGAUAUUCUCAACCAUAUAAGAAAAGAUAUCAAAAUCUUAUUUGAGUUGGAACUGGUUUACUUAAUUCUCGAUUCCAUUGCCUUCUUACUCUCAUCAACAGCCACAGUCCUCGCCGCAGCUAUUAUCCAUGGUGGGAAAGAAGACUUGUCCUUCAAAGAUUUGGUGUUGAGGACAGCAAGAACAUGGACAAGACCACUUGUGACUUGGUUAUACAUAAAUCUUCUUGGUCUUGUCUACCUCUUCGGAUUCCUGGCAAUUCUUAUUGGCAUGAUACUAGUAAUCCAAAACCCGGUUAUCUUAGCUGUUGCUGCCAUUUUGCUUGGUGUUUCAGCCGUACUUCACUAUAUAUACUUAACUGUAACUUGGAAUUUAGCAAUUGUAGUUUCUGCAGUAGAAGAAACCAGAGGAUUGAAGGCAAUUAUCAAGGCUUCAGAAAUUGUCAAGGCCAUGAAGCUACAAGGAUUCUUAAUGAAUCUCUUGUUCUCAAUAUCAAGUGUGGUUUUGGUACAAGGGAUGAAUGUGAGUGCCAAGGCCCAUGAAUCAGUAGCAGUUCAGGUAUGUGCAGCUUUGAUAGUGGUAAAUUGUGCUAGUCUGCUAAGGAUGUACUGGUUUGUAGCAUAUACUGUGUUUUACUAUAGAUGCAAGAAGACGCAUGGAGAAAGAGUUGAAUUGGAAGAAAGGUUAGAUGAUGGAUAUAGUAAAUUACCUACCACUGCUGCUCCACUUAUUGGCCAUAAUAUACCAUAAUGUAUAUUAAAUGGCAAAAUCCAUCUUUUGGUCCUUGUACUUUUCUAUUUUAUUUUAUUUAGUCCCUGAAGAUAGAUUGUAUUUUAAUAAAUUUGUGUACUUUUAUUUUUAAUCAUUUUUAAGUCUUUCCAUUAA